AUGUUUGGUUUCGGCGGUAGUAGUAGCGGAUUUGGAAGUAAACCAGCCGGUUCGACUGGGUUUUCAUUUGGUCAGAAUAACAGUGCCAAUACUCAGCCUUCGGGUUCAGGAUUUGACUUUGGAGGCAGUCAGCCGAAUGCUGGUACAACGUCAACCGGAGGAUUUGGUGUGAAUCAAUCCACGAAUACCUUUGGAAAUAAUCAACAAAAUAGUACCGGAGGUGGCCUUUUCGGCACUAAGCCUACUCUUGGUGGCCUGGGGAGUUCAACUACUAGUGCUUCAGGAACUACAGCUACUGGGACAGGUUUAUUUGGCCAGCAAACUGCUCAACCUCAGCAGCCCACCACGGGAGGCGGGUUAUUUGGAAGCAAGCCAGCUGCUACAAAUGGAGGUCUUUUCGGCAACAGUGCACAAAACAGUAGUACGACAGGUGGUGGGUUAUUUGUUAAUAAGAUGGGAUCUACUGGCACACUGAUGGGUGGCAAUAACACGCAAAACACAUCUACCAUGAAUGGUAGUGGGCUCUUUGGCGCCAAGCCUCAAAACACUACAGCGGUCUCGGGAGGAUUAUUUGGUGCCAAACCACUGGGUUCAGCAGCUAAUGGUGGGCUAUUUGGAAAUAGCACCCAGAGUAACAAUACUCUUGCGGGAGGCGGACUUUUCGGCCAGUCCCAGCAGCCUCAAACAAAUACUACACCCGGACUUGGAAAUACCCUUUCUACGCAACCAUCAUUUGCUUGGUCUAAACCUUCAACACAACCUAACUUACAGCAACAGCAACAACAGCAACAACAGCAACAACAAUUUCAGGUACCGUUGCAACAAACGCAAGCAAUUGCUCAACAGCAGCAGCAGCUUUCCAAUUACCCUCAACAAAUCCAAGAACAGGUCCUGAAAUGUAAAGAAUCAUGGGAUCCAAACACUACGAAAACGAAAUUGAGAGCAUUUGUAUACAAUAAAGUGAAUGAAACUGAGGCUAUUUUAUACACCAAACCAGGACGAGUACUCCAAGACGAGUGGGACCAAGCGAUGGAAAAGAAACCUUCUGCUCAGACAAUUCCUAUUCAGAUAUAUGGGUUCGAAGGCUUGAACCAACGUAAUCAAGUACAAACUGAAAAUGUCGCACAAGCUAGGAUCAUUUUGAAUCAAAUUUUGGAGAAGUCUACGCAGUUACAACAAAAGCAUGAAUUGGAUACCGCAUCCAGAAUCCUGAAGGCGCAAUCACGAAAUGUAGAGAUUGAAAAAAGAAUCUUAAAAUUAGGUACGCAACUGGCAAUUCUAAAGAACAGAGGACUACCAUUAGGUAUUGCAGAGGAGAAGAUGUGGUCACAAUUCCAAACAUUACUACAACGGAGUGAAGAUCCUGCUGGUUUAGGUAAGACUAACGAACUUUGGGCAAGGCUUGCUAUUCUAAAAGAGCGUGCUAAAAACAUCUCUAGUCAAUUAGAUAGUAAAUUGAUGGUUUUCAAUGACGAUACUAAAAACCAAGACAGUAUGUCCCAAGGCACCUGUGAAGAAUCUAAUGAUCGUAUCAACAAGAUAGUGGAAAUUCUGACGAACCAACAACGCGGUAUAACGUACUUGAAUGAUGUUUUGGAGAAGGAUACUGCUCUGGUAAAAGAAUAUAAAAAUAAAACAUAA